AAACUUUAAACCUAAAAAGAAACGAAGAAGAACGUAACCAGCUGUAGCAAAGAACCCAAACAGAGAUUUUGUUUUGAACCGUAAAACGGAGUGAUGCAAAAUCUUAGAAACGCGCCAUCAGACACAGUAAGCAACCUACUAUCGCACUAAAACAUGCAAAAUGCCUGGUUGAACUUGCAUGCAAGAUAAAAUCAUGUUGGUAAGAUGGUAAAUUGGUAACAAACUACUUUCUGGUAGAGGGCCCUUUUUUAAAACUUGGUGCCAUUCAAGCCGCCAUCUUUCAAGUUGGCCGAUUUUAGACUGAAUUUGCCCAGCAAAACUGGCCCAGCCUACCCGAAUUGGGAAUCGGAUCGCGGAUUGACCAAGAUGGACUAUUUUAGGCGGUGAUCUACGGGUUACCCGGGUUUACUAAUGUAAACCGGGGCCAAGCCCUAUUUACACUCAUUUUGUCAGGAAACAAAUGAAAAACGAAUUCGUCUGCAACAAUUGAGUCUGGAACAUUGUAAAUUAGAAACACGCGGUAUCUUAACCGUACCCGCAUGUAGAAAUUUAGGCAAGAUCUAUUUUUAUGAUGUCCCAAACUAAAAGCAAAACUCUAAGUGACAGAUUAGCUGAACUAGCUAAUCCAACACCUCAGUUCGCAGACCCGGAAGAUGAAUUCAACGAAGAAACAAAAGCAAGAUUAGAUGUCUUUGAUGAUCAGUAUGAAUUACAAACCACUUCAAAGAAAACAUUGAAGAACAAAACAAGCCUUCGCCAUAAAAAUGUUGGACUAUUAGCAGUUACAGACAAAAGAUAUGCUGGAAAACAUGUAAACCGUAAAGAGCUAGAGUUUCAAGUAGACGAAGAUGAAAAUGAAGAUUUUAGCUCUGUGUCAUCCCUAGUAUCCGGUGGUGAAAGCGAGGAAGAUGACAUCUUAGGAUUCAAAGACAAAUUCAUAAAAACCACUAAUGAAAAAUCAAAGAAACUGGAUCCUCAUUCAGAUGAAGAAUUGAAUGAUGAAAGUGCAUUGGAAUCAGAUGUUGAUGACAGAAAUUCUUUCAGUUCUGAAGAAGUUGAAGGAGACAAAGAUGAAGAAUUGGGAGAAGAAGAAGAUGGGGAGGAGGAAGAAUAUGAUGGAGAAGAAGAAGAAGAUGGGGAAGAAGAAGAAGAAGAAGAGGUUGGAAGUGUAGAUGAUAAUGAGGAAGAUGAAAGUGAGAUCAGUGUUCAAAAGAUGUCAAAAACCUCCCAAGGAACUGACAUAAACAAAGGGAAAUGCGUUCAAAAUCAGCUCUCUCUAUGGGAUCAUCUACUUGAGUGUCGAAUAAAAAUGCAUAAAGGGAUAAAUUUGUGCAAUCAGCUACCCCAGGGUCCAGUUUACAAACAAUUUACUAAAAUAGCUGGAGAAAACCAUUUUAUGACAGCAGGUCAAGGAGCUCAGAUAGCUAUAAAAUCAUUGUUGGAUAACUGCCUUGAAUUGCAGGAUCUUUUACUAAAAGCUAACCCACAAACGAAAUCGUUAACUAAAGGAAAAUCUGGAGAAAGGGAAAGUGACGAGGAAAUCGCGAGUGAUACUGGUGAAGAAGUUUCAGAUGAUGAUGAAGAAAUUGAAGAUGAAGGCCCUAAACACAAAAGGUUAAAAAUGGCUGGAUAUGAAGCUGAAAUUGAAAAGCGGCACGAUAACUUUCGUGGUUUUUGUCAUCGUACACUGAAUAUGUGGAAUGAAAAAACAAAAAUGGCAUCGGGACGAACGGGCUCCGGAAGCAAAGCUGGAUUCGGAGCUUUUGAUCAAUCAAUUUUAAAACAAAUUGAAGGAAUCCUUAGCGAUAAGCAGCGGCUGAUCAAUCGUACGCGGAUUAAGAGGGCCAGUUACCGCGUGCUUGGAUCUGUUCAGCAAAUGGUUAUCGAUGGAAAAGAAGAAGAAUCGACUAAACAUGAGGAACAUCCAAAUAAGGCAUGUGAAGAAUUUGAUCCGGAAAUCUACGACGAUGAUGAUUUUUAUCAUCAAUUACUUCGCGAAUUGAUUGAAAAGAAGACCGGUGAAGCAGGCUCCAAUCAAAUUGCUCUUGGAAGGCAAUGGCUCGAAAUUCAAAAAUUACGGUCGAAAGCAAAAAGAAAAGUAGAUUCUAAAGCCAGUAAAGGGCGAAGACUGCGAUAUCAAGUGCACCCUAAACUUGUUUCUUUUAUGGCUCCUUACCCUGAAACAUCAUGGAAUGACAUUGCGAAGAACGAACUAUUUGCAUCACUAUUCGGGUCCCAACCAUUGGCUAGCUAACAAUGUUGACCGUUUUGAACCCAUUCUUUUCUCAUUCUAAGACAUUAUAUGAGUUUAAAAUGUGUGGUAUCAAUUUUACGUUCUAGCUUGUCCAUGUAAAUUUUCAUCGAGGAGAAAUUUUCUGAUUCAACAUAAAGCUAUCAUUGCUUCUA